AUGAAUCCUCACACCGCUCUGAUGGCAGGUGAGACGUUUCAGGUGUGUGAGGGUGGGGUGAAGAGCGGGGUGAAGAGCGUACCUCUCGGUGAAGUGGUGAUGGAGAUCUUAUGGUACGAGGUGAGGAACAGCACUCAGGUUCAGCUGGAGAACCCACGUGGAAUAACCGUCCUGCUUCUGCUGCUCUGUUUAGUCCUACUGCUCACCGUCUGGAACCGAGUCGAGAAACAAUCCUCACUUCCAGGUCCCUCGUUUUGUCUCGGUUUGGGCCCUCUGUUCUCGUACUGCAGGUUUCUGUGGAGCGGGAUCGGAACGGCGAGUAACUACUACAACGAGAAAUAUGGAGACAUAGUGCGAGUGUGGAUUAAUAAAGAGGAGACGCUGAUCCUAAGCAGACCCUCGGCGGUGUAUCACGUACUGAAACACUCCCAGUACACCUCAAGGUUCGGGAGUAAACUGGGACUGCAGUGUAUUGGGAUGCACGAACGGGGAAUCAUCUUCAACUCCAACGUCGCUCUCUGGAAAAAAGUCCGCACUUACUUCGCCAGAGCUCUAACCGGUCCAGGUCUGAAGAGGACGAUGGAGAUUUGCAUCUCGUCCACAGACUCACACUUGGACAGCCUGUCUGAGCUGACGGACGCGUGUGGACGGGUGGACGUCCUGAACCUGCUGCGCUGCAUCGUGGUGGACGUUUCCAACCGACUCUUCCUCGACGUGCCUCUAAACGAGCGGACCCUUCUAUCCAAAAUCCAGAAGUAUUUUGACACCUGGCAGACAGUACUAAUCAAACCUGAUAUUUACUUCAGACUCAACUGGCUGCACCAGAAACACCGAGCUGCUGCUAAGGAGUUGCAGGAUGAUAUUGAGUUGCUGAUUGAGCAGAAACGUAAACAAUUACUACAAGCUGAGAAACUCGACAACCUCAACUUCACCGAGGAGCUCAUAUUCGCACAGACUCACGGUGAGCUGACGGUGGAGGACGUACGUCAGUGUGUGUUGGAGAUGGUGAUCGCGGCGCCCGACACUCUCUCCAUCAGCGUGUUCUUCAUGCUGCUGCUGCUCAAACAGAACGCCGACGUCGAGCUCCAGAUCCUCCACGAGAUCCACAACGUCAUAGGUGAGUCUGACCUGGACCGGGUCCCGGUGGGAGCAGAGCAGCAGCACCACCACCUCCCCCAGCUGACCGUCCUGGAGAGCUUCAUCCACGAGUCGCUGCGCUUCCACCCGGUAGUGGACUUCACCAUGCGCCGGGCGCUGGACGAUGACGUCAUUGAGGGCUACAGGGUGCCCAGAGGUACCAACAUCAUCCUGAACACGGGGCGCAUGCACAGGUCCGAAUUCUACAGCCAACCGGACCGGUUCAGCCUCCACAACUUCAGCAAGAGUGUUCCCGCUCGUUUCUUCCAGCCGUUCGGUUCCGGUCCGCGGUCCUGCGUGGGUAAGCACAUCGCCAUGGUGAUGAUGAAGUCCAUCCUGGUCACGCUGCUGUCCCGCUUCUCCGUGUGUCCCAAAUCCUGCUGCACUGUGGAGAGCAUCGCUCAGACCAACGACCUGUCCCAACAACCUGUGGAGGAUCCACACACACUCAGUGUACUCUUUAUACCGCUGGAAGUUCCGAUGCAGGUCCAGGUGUCACAGCGAAGUGCAGACGGGGAACACAGGGGGAACGCCGGUCCGCUAAAAUCACACCUCAAACACACAGCAGCAAGGACCAACCAAUCAGGAGCCUAG